CACGGGGUCCCUGGCCUCUGCACCCUGAUAGCUCCAAGCCAGAGGGUGCAGGACCAGCUACUAGCAUUGGAGGGAGGAGGGGCCGAGCCGCCUGGGCCAGGACAGUGGGAGGGUGGGAGAGGACCAGGACCCAGAGCCCUCCCAGCCCCCCAGGUAGGGGCCACUGGCUGCACUCAGGCCUUGACCUCAGCUGACUCUGAGAGCCCACAUGGGAUGCAGGGUCUAAUUUAAGCACCAGCUGCAGGGCCCACAGCCCAGGAGUGCCUGCCAGUGGGCACAGGUGUGGCCAGGCUGCUCAGGGGCUGCUCAGGCAGCGGGAGGAUUGGGGAGACCAGCCCUGCUUCCACCCAGCCCUGCACCCUGGCCAAGCCGCCUCCUGCGGGAACCCUCAUGGGUCCCCCAUGGCCUGGCAGACGGUCCUCCUCUCCGCUGAGGCCAAGGUCAGGGGGUGCAGCCAGGAGGGCAGAAGGACACUGCCUUGCAGUCUGGACAGGGGUUGCAUCAGCCUGAGCAGUGCCAGGGGAAGGGGGCCCUGCUGGGAGGGCAAAGGCUGGUUUGGUUGUCCAAAGGCCGAGGAAGCAGAGUCCUGACCGCAGGAAGGCAGGGCCAGAGAGCUGGGUCCUACCUGGCCUCCUGGUGCCUGGCCUGUGACUUGCUGUUUGAUCUUACACAGGCAGCCUGCCCUCGAUGGGCCUCAGUCUUCCCAUCUGUAUGAUGAGGGUGCUGACCUAGAAGGUUGAUCCCAGUCCCAGAGGCCUACACUCAGGCCCCUGCUCCUCCUGCUUCCUGCAGCCCUGGCUGUGGGUGGCCACAUGCAGUCAUGGAGACGGAAGUCCCUCUGGCUGGCACUGUUGGCCUCCUGGCUCCUCAUCCUGGUGGGAGUCUUCCCCUUUCUCCGCCUGGCAGUGCCCACCAGACCCCGGGCAGGAGCCCCCCAAGGCUGGCCCCGUUGGCUGGACGCAGAGCUCCUGCAGAGUUUCGCCAAGCCUGGGGAGCUCCUGGAAGAUGGCCCUCAACCUCCUCAAGCCCUCCGUGGUGGCAGCUGCAACUGGGGAGCUUGCUUUGACACCUCAAAGUGCAGAGGUGGUGGCCUCAAGGUAUACGUGUACCCAGCGGCUGGACCCGUCUCCGAGACUCACCGCAGGAUCCUGGCUUCCAUCGAGGGCUCCCGCUACCACACGCUCAGCGCUGCUGAGGCCUGCCUCCUCCUCCUCCUCAGCCCGGACACCCCCACUGGAGAGUGCGACCCGGUGCCCCCGCAGUGGGAUGGGGGCAGGAACCAUCUGGUCCUCAGUCUCCGCCCAGCCCCUUGCCCCCGGACCUUCCAGCUGGGACAGGCAAUGGUGGCCAAGGCCAGUCCCACAGUGGACACCUUCCGGCCCGGCUUUGACGUGGCCCUCCCGCUUCUCCCUGAAGCCCACCCGUUGCGAGGUGGGACACCUGGCCAGCUGCGGCAACACAGCCCCCGCCCCGGGGUGGCCCUGCUAGCCCUGGCAGAGGACAGGGGCACGUGGCACGUGGCAGGCACCGACUUCUCUGCCUGCCCCUGGGAUGGGCGCUGUGAGCAGGACCGUGGACCCAAGCAGACCCACCCUGGGGCAACGCUACCCAAUGCCACCUUCUGCCUCAUCCCUGGCCGCAGUCCUGAUGCCUUGCACUUCCUUCAAGCCCUGCAGGCUGGCUGCAUCCCUGUGCUUCUCAGCCCUCGCUGGGAGCUGCCCUUCUCUGAGGUCAUCGAUUGGACCAAGGCGGCCAUUGUAGCUGACGAGAGGCUCCCACUUCAGGUCCUGACUGCCCUCCAGGAGAUGCCCCUCACACGGGUCCUUGCCCUGCGUCAGCAGACCCAGUUUCUAUGGGAUGCCUACUUCUCCUCAGUGGAGAAGGUCAUCCAUACCACUCUGGAGAUUAUUCAGGACCGGAUCUUUGGCGCCUCUGCUCACCCCUCGCUACUGUGGAACAGCCCCCCAGGGGCAAUCCUGGCCCUGCCCACUUUCUCCCCAAGCCCCUCGGACUUCCCCUUCUACCACCUACAACAGGGCUCUCGUCCUCUGGGCAGGUUCAGCGCCCUGAUUUGGGUGGGGGCUCCAGGCCAGCCCCCCCUGAAGCUCAUCCAGGCCGUGGCAGGCUCCCAGCACUGUGCCCAGAUCUUGGUUCUCUGGAGCAGUGAGAAGCCAUCCCCAACCAGGUGGCCCAAGACAGCAGUGCCUUUGACAGUCAUUGAUGGGCACAGGAAGGUCAGUGACCGCUUCUUCCCGUACAGUGCCCUCAGCACCGAUGCCAUCCUCAGCCUGGAUGCCCAUAGCAGUCUUUCCACAAGUGAGGUGGACUUCGCUUUUGUGGUGUGGCAGAGCUUCCCGGAGCGGAUGGUCGGCUUUCUGACGUGGAGCCACUUCUGGGAUGAAGCCCGGGGUGGCUGGGGCUACACUGCCAAGAGGACCAAUGAAUUCUCCAUGGUUCUCACCUCGGCUGCCUUCUACCAUAGGUAUUACCACACCCUCUUCACCCACUCCCUGCCCAAGGCUCUGAGGACCCUGGCAGAUGAGGCACCCACCUGUGCGGAUGUCCUGAUGAAUUUCCUAGUAGCAUCCGUCACCAAGUUGCCCCCUAUCAAGGUGCCCUAUGGGAUGUGGCAUCAGGAGGCCAGACCUCCUCCACUGGAGCCUGGGGGUCCGGGGCUCAGGCAGGAGCCGCAGCCCGCAGCCCAGAACUGCAUCAACCAGAUGGCGGCAGGGUUCGGCCGCAUGCCCCUGGUAUCUUCUCGCCUCCGUCUGGACCCAGUGCUCUUCAAGGACCCGGUGUCCGUGCUGCGUAAGAAAUAUCGCAGCCUGGAGAAGCCCUAA